CCAGAAUUAUCGUCGGCUGUCUGUCUCCUCAUUUCCGCAGCAGUCAAUUCUUUCCCAAAUUCAAUUCUGCGCUGUGCUCUACUCUACUCUAGAUUUACACAUACAUACAUAUAUAUAUAUAUGUCUUAGUUAAGGUUUAAUUUCUUCAUCAAUCAAUCCAAUAGGAAUAAUCCUCCAUAAAAUGGAAACAGGAUCGAAGGCUGAUGCUGAGGUCGGCGCCGCCGCUCCUUUGCUGCUUCCGGCGGAUUCCGACGGCGGCGAAGCUUCUGAAUCAAUCACCGCCGUUCUUGUUCUGACCACGUUUGUAGCAGUCGCCGGUUCCUACGUAUUUGGCUCUGCCGUGGGAUAUUCAUCGCCUGCUCAGCCUGGAAUAAUGAAGGAUCUUGGCCUAAGUUUGGCUGAGUAUUCAUUGUUUGGAUCAAUAUCAACAAUCGGGGCUAUGAUUGGAGCCGUAGUGAGUGGCAAGAUAGCCGAUCUCUUUGGAAGAAGAGGAGCUAUGGGAUUUGCCGAGUUGUUUAAUCUUUUUGGGUGGAUCGUGAUAGGCCUUUCUAAGAAUGCGUGGUGGCUCAAUCUUGGGAGGUUUUCGACAGGGUUUGGAGUUGGGCUUCUUUCCUAUGUUGUGCCAAUAUAUGUGGCUGAAAUUACACCUAAGAAUCUCAGAGGAGUAUUCACGGCAGUCAACCAGUUUAUGAUUUGCAUUGGUUCCUCGGUCAUGUAUAUCGUCGGCAACCUCAUCACAUGGCGCCUCUUGGCUUUUAUUGGAACAAUUCCAUGUUUAAUACAACUUAUCAGUCUUCCAUUCAUUCCCGAGUCUCCGAGAUGGUUGGCUAAGAUUGGCCGUUGGGACAGCUGCAAAAUAUCGUUGAUACGCCUUAGAGGGACGAGCAACAUUACCAAAGAGGAAGCUGAAAUCAGGGACUAUACGAUAGCUCUCGAACAAAUGAAGGGAUCUCGAUUAACAGACUUGUUCCAAAGAAGAUACGCUCACGCCCUUACGGUUGGAGUCGGGUUGAUGGUGUUGCAACAGUUUGGAGGGGUGAAUGCGAUCGCAUAUUACGCGAGUUCCAUAUUUUCAUCCGCUGGUUUUUCGUAUAGAGUCGGAACGACAGGAAUGGUUAUAGUUCAUAUUCCUAUGACGCUAUUGGGAACACUCUUGAUGGAUAAAUCCGGCCGACGCCCAUUGCUAUUGGUUUCUGUGACGGGAACUUCCUUGGGUUGCUUCUUGAUUGGAUUAUCGUACUUCUUACAGGAUCAUAAGCUUUGGGAUUCAAGUCCGGUGCUGGCAUUGCUAGGCGUCUUGAUAUUCUCGGGAUCUUUCUCAUUAGGCCUUGGAGGCAUACCUUGGGUGAUAAUGUCUGAGAUCUUCCCGAUAAAUGUAAAGGGAUUGGCGGGAAGCCUUGUGACAGUUGUAAACUGGCUCGGCACAUGGAUUGUUACGUAUUCGUUUGCGUUUUUGGAACAAUGGAGCGCCGCAGGGAUAUUUUUUAUAUUUGCAAUAAUAUCCGGGUUGACGAUGGUGUUUGUCGUAAAGCUGGUUCCGGAAACUAAGGGGCGGACAUUAGAGGAGAUACAAGCUUCACUGACCUCCUUCGGGUAAGAAGUUUAGGACAUGAAAGGAAAGGAGAUGUUGGUUUCGUUUGAAGAUAACGUUGCAUGUGGUUAUUGCAUUUCAAUCAUUUGUUACCAAAUAAUGGGAAAACUUGCAUAAUAUCUUGUAUUUUUUUUUUAAUGUAUAAACAUUUUUUUUAUUUUAUUUAUUGCAUAAAAUAUUUUUAUGUUAAUAUUA